AUGGGUGUUGUUUCAACUGUCCCGCCUGUCCAAGGACCAGCAGAAUGGAUAAGGAUAGUGUCUUUGUACCACAUCAAGCCCCUCGACGAUACAGGGUAUCUCGCAUCAGCUAUAUACUUAACAAUCAUAGGUGUCAUAUCGACCGUGGGCAACAGCCUUGUUCUGGCCAUCUUCCUCCGGGACAAGCACCUGCUCAAGAAGCCCCAGAACCUGCUACUGGUCAACCUCGCCAUCUCCGACAUUGGCAUCAGUGUGUUCGGCUACCCAUGGACCGUGGCGUCCAACUACGCCAAACGCUACCUCUUUGGGACGGCGUUCUGCUCUAUACAAGGUUUCAUGACGUUCACCCUGGCACAGACCGACAUGAACACUCUGGCAUGUCUGAGUGUGUUCCGCUACAUAACCAUCUGCUACCCUCAAUUCGCAUAUUGUUUGAACUACGAAGUCGCAAAGUUCACCAUCAUCUUCACGUGGGCCUACUCUCUUCUGUGGACAACACCGCCUCUCGUCGGCUGGAGCUCAUAUACCUUUGAACCCUUCGGAACGUCUUGCUCCAUCGACUGGAGCAACUCUGGUACUAAAGAACUGUCGUACACUUGGUGCCUCAUCAUCUUCUGUUUCCUCAUUCACGUUGUCGUCAUGAUAUACUGCUACUGCAACGUAUGCAAGAAGAUCCGCGAGGUUGACGGCAGGGUUCCCCCCUCAACUAUAAGUAAUCCCCGGACUGGCGAAAUUAUGAGGACCUACAAUAUGAGAAAGGAGAAGAGGGUUACCCUUAUAGCGCUUCUUCUGAAUGUGACCUUUGUUGUCAUCUGGGCCCCAUACACCGUUGUCUGUCUUUGGUCUGUGUAUGACAAAGAUCUGCCAUCCUGGGUCACAACCUUUCCCACAUUCUUUGCGAAGGCUUCUUGUAUGACGAACCCAUUCUUAUAUUUCCUGACAAACUCAACACUACGACUGAAGGCCAAGCGACUAUUCACCAGAAACGUACAACGCGUUUACCCGUACCCUCCUCGUCCAUCUCAGCCUGAAACUGGUAUCAGUAAGGAUGGAGUGUACAUCGGGAGGAGAGCCUUUAUAUCCGAGAAGAUGGAGACGUCUAUUAUGUGA